AUGUCGAAAGUACCAAGAAGUUUCAGGCUUCUGGAAGAGUUGGAGAAGGGAGAGAAGGGGUUUGGACCCGAAUCGUGCAGUUACGGUCUGGCGGAUAGCGACGAUAUCACCAUGACGAAGUGGAACGGGACAAUCUUGGGGCCACCGCACUCAAACCACGAAAACCGUAUCUACUCUUUGGAGAUUGUGUGCGGCGACCGUUAUCCUGACGAGCCUCCUCUGGUGAAAUUUAUCUCAAAGGUAAAUUUGCCCUGUGUGGAUCAAACCACAGGAGUCGUUAGCGCCGAGAAAUUCCACACAUUACGUGAUUGGAAAAGAUCAUACACCAUGCAAACAGUCCUACUUGAUCUGAGGAAAGAAAUGGGUACUCCUGCCAAUAAGAAAUUGUCACAACCAAGUGAAGGUUCCGUUUUUUGA